GUGGCACAGCAGUCGAGGGCAGGGCGGCACAAGGAAGGAACGCUGCCUUGGAGCGCGGCGUGCGUACCGAAGGGACGCGUUGAUUGACAGUCGGAGGCACGGAGCGCCCUGUGCGGCACACAAGCCGAGCACGCUAAUCUCCCCGUACCCGUCUUGUCAAAGGCAUCUCUGUGAAAUACCAGCCAGAUCAGCCUGGCGCAAAUAAAGGAGGCUCUAUCCAUCCCCUGGGCUUGGUGUUUGGAGUCUUCUCGCCGAUUCAACGAAAAACAAAAAGCAACGCGGCAGCACUGCGACCCUAUCCCAUCCCGUCUUUACCUGUUCGGUCACAACUGGACACAGUCUGGACUAACCUGGCGUCUUAAAGUAUCCUGGACACGGGAGUGGAUGGACAAAAAGCUCAGGUUGCACUUUGCAGUCUGAGCCAAAGAAGAUUUUGUCGGUUCCUUUUUAUGGAGUAAAAAGACUGCGCCCGUUGCUUUCGGGAUCCUCUUUGGGGUUAUUUUUUGUUUUUGUGAAAUCCAACAUAAUUGUGAUGUGUUUGUGAGUCAAGUUACAAACCCUGGAGCCGGUAAACACCCCUUUUCAUUAUUUUUAAGUGGAAUAACGGGCAGAUUAUCAGGAGACUCGGGAGGAAUUUUGGUGCGUAAACUGUGCGGUGUGUGCGGUUGCUGAGCCGCAGAAGUAGUUGUGCCUCCCUUCUUUUCUUACGUUUAAUACCCAGUUUUCCCAUGGAGUAGGCUAAAACACAGGUUAAGACUUUAUAAAAGGAUCGGGUUUAUUCUCUGUCGCCUGGAACAAACAGGCGGAUCUGAUGCGCAGAUUCUCCGUAGGAUGGUAAAUGACCAAUGGGGAAUCAUGAACAGCUCUUCUGAACUCGAAGAUGGGACUCGGCAUAAAAACCAGACGUUCUGUGAGUGUGUGCCCAGCUCCUCCCAGCUCAAACAUCGCUGGUCAGACUCAGAAACUGCCAGGGAGACCCCGGCCAAGAGGAUGAGCUGCAGCUACCUGCUCUGCACUAUCCUGCUAUUCGUGGCUGUAUUGCUGGCUGUCACCGUAACUGGCACCAUCCUUUUUAUGAAUCACUACCAGGCCCCACCCAUGUCUGAUGGCCUACCCCACAUCUCUACCAAUCAGGAUGAAGCCAAUGCCCUGGUCACUGUUGAGAGAGGCGAUGGCUCUCGUAUCAACAUCUUCAUCGAUCCCAACUGUCCCGACUAUAACAGUAACUUUUUGCGCCUGGAGGGUGUGCAGACAUCACUGCUCCACUCGCUAACUGACCAUGAUUCUGACCUGAAGUCAGUGAAAGGCCAGGAUCGGGCUCUUCUUGUCAAUCUGGCUGAGGAGGUGGCGAAGCUGUCAGCACACGCCGGGCAACUGAAAAUGGACUAUGAAUCCUUGCGCAGGGGGCAGGGCAGCCUGGGGCAAGACCUCAACACGCUGCAGACGGAGCAGGGACGCCUCAUACAGCUGCUGUCAGACAGUCAGAUCAACAUGGUGAAGGUGGUGAACUCGGUGAGUGAUGCUCUCAAUGCCAUGCAGAAGGAGAACGUGGGCCUGAAGGCGCGUGUCAAGGCCGACUUGCAGAGGGCACCAGUCAGAGGGGCCCGUUUCAAGGGCUGCGCCAAUGGCUCACGUCCCCGUGACUGCGGUGAUCUGUACGCCAGUGGUCAGAGAGAGGACGGCAUCUACUCAGUGUUCCCUGUUCACCACCCCUCAGGCUUCCAGGUCUACUGCGACAUGACUACGGACGGAGGAGGCUGGACGGUGAUCCAACGCAGGGAGGACGGUUCAGUCAACUUCUUCCGAACAUGGGAGUCAUAUCGGGAGGGAUUUGGCAAGAUCACCGGUGAACACUGGCUCGGGCUGAAGCAGAUCCAUGCCCUGUCCAUCCAAGGGAACUAUGAGCUUCGUAUCGACUUGGAGGACUUUGAAAAUAGCACUGCUUACGCCCAGUAUGGAACCUUUGGAGUAGGCCUCUUCUCAGUCGACCCUGAUGAUGAUGGAUAUCCUUUGACUGUGGGGGACUAUUCUGGCAAUGCAGGUGACUCUCUGCUGAAGCACAACGGGAUGAAGUUCACCACCAAAGACAGGGACAACGACCACUCGGAGAACAACUGCGCCUCUUUCUACCAUGGUGCCUGGUGGUACCGCAACUGCCACACCUCCAACCUUAACGGCCAAUACCUGCGUGGCCAGCACACCUCCUAUGCCGACGGCAUCGAGUGGUCCUCGUGGACUGGCUGGCAGUACUCCCUCAAGUUCUCCGAGAUGAAGAUACGACCUACCCGUGACCCAGAGAAUAAAUGAGAAAGACAAAAGGAAAAAAGGAGGAAAAAGAAGAAGUUUUCUGAAACAUUACAAACCACAGUUUCUGACAGCUAGGCGGAGUUACUUGUCUUGAUAUUGUUUAUUCACUAAAAAACAUACCUCUUUGAGUUUAGUUGACUCUGCUGUUUGCCUCCUGAUGUCUCGCUCCCUUUUUGCUCCUCUUCCUCCAUCACUCAGCUACUAGUGUCAUGCCAGCUACCAUUGUCCUUCCCCCGGUUCCUUUCUUGAAAAAAAAAAUGUAACUGUCAUCAUGAAUAUUUUUGAUCAUUCAGUUCACACAAACAGCUUACCAGAGCUCACAGUCCACUGCGCUAGCUUUACUCAGUCUGACAUGGUGGUCCAAGCAUCGCCUGCAGGAUCACACACCAGUAAUUCGCUCCUGACAUGUAACUCUGACCUCCCAUCUGUGCUGACAUGGCACUUUGAUUGUGGUUCAGUCUCACUGCCCAUUGCUGUAUAAUCUGUGAGGGGAGAGGGUUGCGCCAGAUAUAAUAGAAACAGACAAACUCUUUGCAAAAAUAUGAACGGAGAUAAAAAUCCUCCUCCUUUCCCCAUUUGCAAAGGAAGUUUCCCCGGUGAGAAGGGACAGCGCAGUGGUACACUAUGUCACAUUUACAUCCUUGAUCUGUGUGAAUGAGACCCAGCAGGGUAGUGGCAAGAAGUGCAGGGCCUCAGAUAAUUAGAGGAAGACAGAGACAGAGAGAACGAGGAAACAAUUUGACAAGAGGUAAAUUAGUCGAAAGGAUGAAGGGGGAGCAGGGUGGAUCAAAGGGGAGAGAGGAAGUGGAAGAAGAGGAGGUGCAAAAAGGAUGAGAAAGAGAAAUGAGAAAAAGGAAGAGACAACGGAGGAUCUCAUUCAUCUGACUUGGGCCAUUAGGGAGCAUAUUGGGCACUUUGUCUGAUCUGCCUGCCAGCUGAGUACUGGCCAACUGAUGCAGCACUCACAGAUGGUAACCCAGCACUUUGUGUGUGUGUACGUGGCUAUGUGUGUGUAUGCGUGUGUGUCUACGACGGAGAGAGACAGACAGAGUUCUCUAACAUUAUCAAUUUCCUGUCAUGAGUUCAGUAGAGCGUCUCGACUGACUACAAUGUUUAGCACAGACAUGAUGCAUGGCUGGCAUACCUUUCACUCUCCAUUUAAGUAGUUAACAUCAAAUAACAAAGCCUGUAAUGUAUGUACAUGUGACAGGAGGGUAAAGACACUGACAACAAUUUAAAGGAGACCAACGGGAUCGGAGAAUGAAGGAGGAAUCAAAGACUGUGUCAUGACUUCUUCUCGGACCUGAUGAGGAAAUGUUACAUUUUUGCCAACGACCCCACAUUCCCACCUCUUUGGUUUGUCCUCUGAUUUGUCAUUUUUUUUCUCCUUUCCAGGAGAUUCUUACGGGAUCCGUUUGCAUGACACAGUUCCUCUUGUCAUGCAAAGGGAGAGAAAGUUGCUGUAAAAUAAGAUUUGACGCUUUCAGCCACUGUCUUUUUUUUUUCUUCUGAGUAGGAAUUCUACAAUGUGUUAUGGCAAACACAAAAUUGCCGAAAGCAAAAAAAAAAAAAAAAA